UCCUAUUCGCCCGCCAUUUUGUUAUGCCCGCAAAUCCACUAUAAUUUGCUAAAGUAAUGGCAUAUUUUUAUGUGAAUUACUGUUGAAAGUGUUUUUACUUGAAUAUUUCAAUUGAAAAAUAUACAAAAAGCUAAUCAUAGCAAGCAAAUAAUUCAUUUUCAUUUUGACAAGUCAAUGUGACAUUUCGUUUUUUUUAAGAAAAAAGUCAUAGUUAUCACGUAAUUUUUCCUUUUGCUAUUUUCUUUUUUAAUUAAAAAAGUAAAGCUCAAUCUAUUCCCCUUCUAAAUAAAGUGUUUUAUUUGAAAAUAAUCGUGCGUGUAUAAUUUAAUAUUACUAUCGCUAAGGCAGUUGGAUUAUCAAAAACUUACAAUGAUUAUACCAUAAGCCAACAAUAAAUAGCUUCCUUUUUCAAAAAAAUAUGUCGCCCCAGAGUCCAAUUUAAAAAAACAAAUUUGACAUUUUGAUUUUUUCUUGUUCCCGCUGAAUACAACAAUUUUGAAAUAAAAUCACGAAAAUACAAAAGAAUAUUUAUUUUGUGAAUUAAAUUGUAACAUAAAAACAUUUCGAAGUACAUUUCAAAAUAGUCAUAGGUCUAAAUUUAUUCUUAAUAUUGUGGUUAUAAGUGAAAAAUGGCAUCAAAAACCGUUAGAAUGGUAAAUGUUAUUCCUACAACGAAGAUUAAGAAAGAGAUUCUUGACGACGAUGAUGACUGUGUAUCCUGCAAGCUGUGCAGCAAGGGCUUUGCCAGUGAGAUGGCGCUGAACAAUCAUGCAAAGAUCGAGCACAUGGAGGCGUGGAUGUCUGGUGAGGAUGUUUGCCUCAAGAAGGUUGUGCCGAAUAACAAAAACAAAUUCACGGAGGCCCAAUUAAAGGAGAUUAAGAUGAAGACAGAAAGAAUGCUGUCGUCCAUGCAACCCACUGACAUGAGUGCCCUUGCUUCGGCAGAUGUUGGUUAUAUAAUUAUAAAGGAUGACAGCAUACCCAGUGACGCUAAAGACAUAAAGCGCGCCAAGGUCGAUAAGAGUGCGAGGGAGAAGGCGAAAGAGAAGAAAAGAGAGGAAAAGGAGAAAGAACCGAUACCGAUAACGGGCCCGUUCGAGUGCCUCCAGCCGUCGAACUUCAUAGCGGACGGCACGUGCCACCAGAUGUUCUUCUCGUGCUGCGAGUACUCGGCGCACUACCGCGACGAGCACACGCGCCGGCGCAAGGGGCUGCGCUGCCAGGUGUGCGAGCGCCCGCUCGCCGCCGAGCGCGCCGCGCGCCACACGUGCCAGACGUGCGGCGCUGGAUUCGAGCAGGAGGCGCAGCUCGCGGAGCACUGCGCCAGCCACACGAAGCGCAAGCCGCACCAGUGCAGCGUGUGCCGCAAGCGCUUCACGCAGCACGGCGGCCUGCAGCAGCACAUGCGCGCGCACACCGGCGACCGCCCGUUCCCGUGCACCUUCUGCCCCAAGGCCUUCACGCAGAAGUCCGGCCUGGACCAGCACCUGCGCAUACACACCAAGUACAAGCCGUACCGGUGCGUCAUAUGCGGGAAGACGUUCUGCCAGUCGGCGCACCUGCAGCAGCACAUGCGGACGCACACCAACGUCGCGCCGUUCCAGUGCUCCGUCUGCGAGAAGAGGUUCAAACAGAGCAGCCAUCUGAACUACCACUUGAAGUAUCACAAUCCGGUGAACAUGACCGAAGAGCAGAGGGCCAAGUACGCGAGGCUGCUGGAGCUCGUCGGGCCGAAGCUGGGCAAGCGGGAGCGCGACGCGGAGGUCGGGCAGAGUGACAACGAGGCUGGGCAGAGUGACUACGAGCUCGGGCAGAGUGCGAGUGACCAUGACGCUGGGCUAAGUGCUAGUGACCAUUACGUUGCGCAAAGUGUCAGUGACCAUGACGCGGGGCAAAGUGUUAUUGACCAUGACGCGGGUCAAAGUGCAAGUGACCAUGUUUUUGUGCAAAGUGACCACGGCCUCGUCGAAAGUGACCACGCGUUCGUUGCAGCGCAACAGCUGAUCGAGGAUGGUCAGGAAUAUGUGGAAAUAGCUGAACUGUUGGAAAAGGAAAAUGUUCAUGUGAAAAAUGUGUACAUAUUAACCAAUAAUACAUUAGUUCACCCAGUCGUGUAUCAAUAGAUAAUGUGGUCUAUCAUAUAAGUGUGAUUCAUUGAAAUGUAUUUAGUGGUACACGUGAUAUGAAACAUAAUGAUGAUGUAAUGAAUUAGAUGUAGAUAAGCUACCUAAUAUAUAGAAUCUUAUCGAAUCCGGUCUGGUUAUAUCUUAUAUGGCUUUUGUUAAACUGCAUAAUGAUAAUUAUUCUUAACUAACUAUUCGUUGAAAUGCAUAACAUAAUUUUAUGUAAUAAGAAAGAAACAGACUGAUGAUUUUUCUGUAAUAUAAUGAUUAAAUUAUAAAAUUCUUAUUUUGUAUUAAAUAAUUCUAUGAAUGAACUGAAUUUAAUAUCUCGGGGCUAAUUUUAGACUGUCAAUGUUUAAAUUAUAUUAAAAAUAGUAUAUAUUGUUUGCUAGUUUCUAGCCCAAUUUUAUUACAUUUUUAUUUAUUUAUUUAUUUUACUUAUAAUGCUUUAUUGCGCAAACUUGGGCAAAAACUGCAAGAAUACAAUAAACAAAAAAGGCAUCGUUUGUACAAGAGGCGGCCUUAUUGUUAUAAUCUGCAUGUAUCCGUUUGAAACGUUUAAUUAAAUAAACAAUUAUAUACUAUCAUUCCGCCUCGGCUUCGCCCGCGUAGUCGCAGGAAAGAUAGACCCGGGGUGUUACCGGCAAAGUGCCCGUUCGCGUUCAAUUUCCGGGAUAAAAACUAUUCUAUGUCCUUUCUCGGGUAUCAAACUAUUUCUCUGCCAAAUUUCAACAAAAUCUGUUAUGCCGUUCUUGAGUUAUAAAUAGUGUAACUAACACGACUUUUCUUUUAUGUAUAUAGAUAGUAGUAAAUAUAAUUACUGUGUUGUAGAUAUGUUUAUAACUUGGUAUAAUUAUUGUAUAUUAUUAUAAAUAGAUAAUUUAAAA